UGUAAACUUCGUUUAACUAAGAUUAUCGCUUGGUUGCGAGGGAAACUUCGGAGCAUUAAUAGAGGGAUACUGCGAAAUUCGAAAGGACGAGAUGAAAGUCAAGACGGCGUCAUCGCAGCAGCGAUCGAUGAUAAAUGUGAUAACUGUUCGUCGAAACUGUUCGUGAUAUUACACAACCUGUACUUUUACCGUAAGGUUUGAUAAUUCUUCCAGGAUGACAGCCUUCAUGAUGGUUUCUUCCGAAGUACGUCAACAUCGUCCUUCGUGUGUAACUGUGGGAUGGCACGUGUUUAAGAAAAAAGCCUACGAAGAUAUUGGUCGAUGAUUCGAGAAACUCGUCCAACGAUGACGAAGAUAUAGGUGAAAGACAAGAUUACGAAGAUGUAAAUGAAUCGAAAGAAAGCGACAACGAUUGCGAACAAUUUAUUAACGAUACAAACAAAUCAAGCUUCGUUUCGUCUUGGAAAUUAUCACUGCCCGAUGAAUUUGCAAAUAUAAGAUUUAUUAGCAACAAUACGUACAGCGGUCGUAUUAGUAGAAAAAUGAUGGAGGGUGAAGGCGUAUACAAAUGGUCCAACGGUGCUCGGUAUAAAGGAGAGUUCGAACAGAAUCUUAUGCAUGGCAAAGGUCUAUUAGAAUGGAACAAUGUUUGUUGGUACGAAGGUGAUUUUACGAACGGCUAUCGACAUGGCAGAGGAAUUAUGGUGGAUGGAGAAAAUCGUUACAUGUAUACCGGUCAGUGGCAUAUGGGUCAAAGACAUGGAAAAGGUUAUUCCCGUUACUGUGACAAUGGUUCAUACGACGGUGAUUGGGUAAUGAACAAAAUGAACGGGAUUGGAUUACGAAUUUAUGCAAGCGGUGGCCGUUACGUGGGUCAAUGGAAGAACGGAGUUCGUGAUGGUAUCGGAACCAUGGUUUGGCCCAAUGGCAGUCUCUAUCGUGGGGAAUGGAAAUGCGGUUCAAUGCACGGCUACGGAGAGUACGUAUGGAAUGGAUUUUUUAAUAAAACGUUUGCUUGGCCGCAAGAAGCGUCGUACGUAGGUUACUGGCGUCGCGGAAUGCGUCAUGGCAAGGGGGAGAUAAAACUGAAUUCUGUCGGUGGAGCAAAGUAUUCCGGUUAUUGGAAGGAUAAUAAAAAGCAUGGUUACGGAGUUAUAAUUGGAAGUAACGGGCACAAGUUUGAGGCUAAUCCAUUAUUUUCGAAUGAUAUUUUGUGUGCGCCGAACGUUGUAGCCGAUAAUUUAGAAACUGAAACGAGAACGAAGGACGAAGGAGAAUGCGUGCGGACAGCUAAAGGAAUAAAAACAGCAUUUGCCGAGAAACCUGGUCAAUUAGUAGAAACUUGGCCAACGCCUAUUCUGAAGCCAGAACAGUUUCUAUGUUUAUCUUACUAUAUAGCUCGUCUAUUGGAUCCAAAAAGUAUGGAGCCAUCUGUCGUGCUUUCGGCUUCAUCUGGAAAAUGCUACAGUUGUGAAAGAGAAUCUUGUUCUUGUUUGGCACAUCCGAUUUCCAUAGAUACGAUUACAAGUGAGCGAAACGACAUCACGCAGACACAUGCGCCUGAAUCCUACACCGAGAAUAUCAUAGAAUCUGUCUGGAAAUACGAAGAAUGCUGGACAUAUAAUUGUUUAACGUUUCACAUGCUUCGUUUACGUGAAAUUUACAACGAUUAUGCUACGUUAUUUGCCAAGUCGGCGCCAAAAUGCAAUCUGGCGAUGAGUAGAUUAUGUUUAUGGCAAUUAUGGAGAGAUUGUGGCAUUCAUAAGAAAGGACUUAGCCUCACUGAAAUCGAUAGUUACAUCGGUGAACGUUAAUUGAU